UUUACACUUUUUUCCGCUGGCUCGGAGUUGACGUUGUCUCACGGCGCUGGCGCCCCGGUUAGCCACCUUCAUAUAACACCGGCUGAACGGCACGUAACGUGGCGCGGGUCAACCCCGCCUAGCUUCAGCACCAACUUCGGCUAGUAACGUUAGCUUGUGGGGCCGGCUUUGCGUGUCACUACACAGCUCUGUACAGACUGGUUAAAUAAUGAAGACAAGCGGGUAACAAGUAACAGGUUGACCCGUGGAUACCAUUAUUAAACGUUACCCGCGAAACAGCGGGUAGAGCUGCAUCGCAGCCACCAGUGGACCGCCGUAGACCGCUUGUCAGUGGGCCGUCAAUGCCGUAUUAUUAACUCGGGGUGUCUGGCAGCUCCUGCUACACCUGGGAUGGCUCCUUCAUACAUCGCAGACCUGCUGACUCCUUUAUGAGCCAAGGGGGACCGGGCCUUUUCGGUCAAGGCCCCAAAAGAUGGCCUGUCAGAGACGAACUGUCAGGGCGAUCACACGACUCCAAUGAGGGUGUUGGUGACAGGAGGGUCCGGCUUGGUGGGCAGGGCCAUACAGCAUGUGGUCAAAGAGGAGAGGGGAGCCAAGGAGGGGGAAGAGUGGAUAUUCCUCUCCUCCAAAGAUGCCAACCUCACGUGAGAGCAACGCCUCUUCUAAAUACUGCUAAUAUGAACAUGGAGGAGACGCGGGCAGUGUUUGAGAAACAUCGGCCAACCCACGUCAUCCACCUGGCUGCUAUGGUUGGAGGGCUUUUCAAGAACAUGAAUUGCAACCUGGACUUUUGGAGGAACAAUAUCUACAUCAAUGACAACGUGCUGCAGGCAGCGCACGAAGUGGGCGCCGUCAAGGUGGUGUCAUGCCUAUCCACCUGCAUCUUCCCAGAUAAGACCACCUAUCCUAUCGAUGAGACCAUGAUCCACAAUGGUCCACCUCAUGAGUCAAACUUCGGCUACGCCUAUGCAAAGAGGAUGAUUGAUGUCCACAACAGGGCGUAUUUCCAGCAGUACGGGCGCUGCCGUACGGCUGUUAUUCCAACUAAUGUGUUUGGUCCUCAUGACAACUUCAGCAUUGAGGAUGGUCACGUGCUGCCAGGCCUCAUCCACAAAGCUUACAUUGCUCAAAAGGAGGGGAAGCCCUUGGUGGUGUGGGGCUCUGGCACUCCCAGAAGACAGUUCAUUUACUCUUUGGACUUGGCUCGUCUCUUCUUGUGGGUCCUGAGAGAGUACCCAGAGGUCGAUCCAAUCAUUCUCUCCGUUGGAGAGGAAGAUGAAGUGUCCAUCAAAGAAGCAGCAGAUGCAGUUGUCGAGGCAUUAGGCUUUAAAGGAGAAGUUGUAUAUGAUACCAGUAAAGCAGAUGGCCAGUUCAAGAAGACGGCCAGCAAUGCAAAGCUGCGCCAGUACCUGCCAGACUUUACCUUCACGCCCUUCAAACAAGCCUUAAAGGACACCUGCGAUUGGUUUGCUGCCAAUUAUGACACCGCCCGCAAGUGAAAACUCAGCCUAACAAGUCGGCACAAAGUCUGUCAAUCCAUGACCUGCUCUGAUGGAGGAGAGGAAGAAUAGAGGAG